UAAUUAGGCAAACAGUAUUUCAUCAACUUUAAGUGAUAUAUCAAUUACCAUUUAUUCAUGAUAUUGUUAAUUUGGCAGAAACAAAAUAUGAUGCUUCCUUCGAAGCCGGUGGAUACGCAAAUAUUGAACGAGUACAAGAAGGGCAUUCCUUGUCGAUCACAUCUUCUUCCUGAACCAAUAAGAAAUCUGCCAGCAGUUAUCGACAAGAAGAGUGAAUUUGUUGUAGGCUUUUGCAAAAUUCCUUGUGCAUCAUUCGGUGGUAUAAUAUCUGUAACGGAUCAAACUGGUGCUGUGAUUGAUACUGUGGAUAAUAGUAAAGGGGUCUAUUCCUUGCACCAACCUCUACCGCCCCUACCAGCACUCGUCAGUAGGAGAACUUUACACGAAGAGGUUGGUAAAAGCAUCAUGAUGACUUGUCCUGGAAACAACCAAGGGAGAUUUCUCAUUUGGCGAAAUGACUCGUUCGUGAUAAAUCCAUCUAAAGUCCACGUGUUAACCAAAGGCAGAGUUAAAAUAGAUUUCGCUAACAAUUUGCACAUUCGAAAACUGCGAUUUUCCGAUACAUCUAUAUACAGCUGCUGGAAUGAUAAGACUUUAGUUGGAACCAUAAGACUCCAAGUUAUUGAAAAAACUAGUGAAACGAGAUUCAGUGCUUAUGUUUUAAACCUAGGAAUAUUUUUCACAUUUAUAAUAAUUUCAACGGUAACGUUCACUGUUUGUAGAAAUGUAAGACUUGAUAAAGAAUAAAUAAAAAUUACUU